UGGGUUUGGGGCUGUUUUGUACCCCACCCUCCCCACUUGUAGGAAAACCUCUUUACAUUCAGAGGCAAUAGAAUCGGAAGGAGGAGGACUGACCUGGGACCAGGAGGAAAGCAGGUCUCCUGCCCCUCCUGUCGUGUCUCACUUGCUUCCUGCACCACGGCGGCAGGAGGAACCCCACACGGGGCCAGCUGUCGGGGUGUCUGCUGAGGCCGCCCGUGAGCCCGAGCUGCCUAGUGCCCAGUCACCAUCCCUGGCCAUUGGGACCGCUCCUGAUGGCUGCGGUGGCCGCUGCCCCUGGGAGCAUCUUCUGCAGGCAGCUCCUCUUCUCUCUCCUGGUUUUACUAUUAUUUUGCGAUGCUUGUGAGAAAAUUUCUCUUCAAGUUCCUUCUCAUUUUCAGGCUGACACACUUGUGGGCAAAGCGAAUCUGAAGGCGUGUCUCCCGUCGGCCAGCCUGAUCCUGUCAAGUGAUCCCGACUUCAGAGUUCUAGAAGAUGGCUCGAUUUACGCAACACGUGACCUCAUUCUGUCGUCUGAAAGGAAGAGUUUCUACAUUUUGCUUUCUGACAGCCAGAAGCAGGACCAGAAAGAGAUAGAAAUUGUACUGGAAGCAAGAGAGAAGAAGCUUCCUAAGAAGAGACUUGCUAAAGACACAGUUCUCAAGCGCAGCAAGAGACGGUGGGCUCCAAUUCCAUGCUCGCUGAUGGAGAAUUCACUAGGUCCAUUUCCACAACAUGUUCAACAGGUCCAAUCUGAUGCAGCACAAAACUACACCAUCUUUUACUCCAUAAGUGGGCCAGGGGUGGACAAAGAGCCCUUCAAUUUGUUCUUCAUAGAUAAAGACACGGGGGAUAUCUUUUGUACAAGAAGCAUAGACCGUGAGCAAUAUGAACAGUUUUCGCUCUAUGCCUACGCAACAACUGCAGACGGCUAUGCCCCGGAGUACCCACUCCCCUUAUUGUUCAAAGUUGAAGAUGAUAAUGAUAAUGCCCCCUAUUUUGAAAGCAAAGUGACUAUCUUUAAAGUGCUUGAAAAUUGCCGACCUGGAACUUCUGUGGGACAAGUGACUGCCAUAGACCUAGAUGAGCCUGGCACCCUGCAUACUCGUCUGAAGUUCAGAAUCUUACAGCAGAUCCCAGACCAUCCGAAGCAUUUCUCCAUACACCCGGACACAGGCGUCAUUACCACAAUUUCCCCUUUAUUGGACAGAGAAAAAUGCGAUACAUACCAGUUGAUAAUGGAAGUGCGAGACAUGGCGGGCCAACCUUUUGGGUUAUUUAAUACAGGAACGAUUACUAUCUCGCUGGAGGAUGAAAAUGACAAUCCGCCAUGUUUUACACAAAAUUCUUAUUUUGCAGAAGUAGAAGAAAAUAGAAUUGACGUUGAGAUUUUACGAAUGACGGUUCAUGACCACGACUUGCCGAACACUCCUUACUCAAAGGCUAUUUACAAGAUCCUACAAGGAAAUGAAAACGGAAACUUCAAAAUCAGCACUGACCCAAAUACCAAUGAAGCAGUCUUAUGUGUCUUCAAGCCAUUGAACUAUGAAGUCAAUCGCCAAGUGGUUUUACAAAUUGGUGUACUUAACGAAGUACAAUUCUCUAAAGCAACGAACUCACAAACUCCUACUAUGUGCACUACAACUGUCACUGUGACUGUUAAAGACAGUGACGAGGGUCCUGAAUGCCACCCACCAGUCAAAGUUAUUCAGAGUCGAGAUGGCUUCCCGAUAGGCAAAGAAAUCCUUGGAUACAAAGCCCUGGAUCCAGAAACGCACAGUGGGGAAGGCUUACGGUAUAAGAAGAUAAGAGAUGACGGUAACUGGUUUGAAAUUAAUGAAUACACUGGUGACUUGAGGACUAUAAAAGUGCUAGAUAGAGAAUCAGAAUUUGUACGAAACGACCAGUACAAUGUUUCUGUGGUUGCAAUGGAUGCAGAUGGAAGAUCCUGCACUGGGACAUUAAUGGUUCUCCUAGAAGAUUAUAAUGAUCAUCCACCACAAAUUCAAAGAGACUUGACAAUUUGUCAGCAAAAUAGUGAUUUUGUUAUUCUGGAACCCGAAGAUCUGGAUGGACCUGAGAAUGGUCCACCUUUUCAAUUCUUUCUGGAUAAUUCUGCCAUCAAACUGUGGACUAUAGAAUCAAAAGACGGUAGAACUGCUUUUCUUCGUCAAAGGCAAAAUCUAGAUUAUAAUUAUUAUCCUGUACCUAUCCAAAUAAAAGACAGACAUGGUUUGACUGCAAAACAUGUAUUGUCAGUGAGAGUGUGCGAGUGUACCACUCCCUCUGAGUGCAGCAUGACUGUGAAAGGUGUGAGAGAUCUCAAGCCAUCAAACGUGAUACUUGGAAGAUGGGCUAUUCUCGCCAUGGUAUUGGGGUCCGCAUUGCUGUUAUGUAUCCUGUUCACACUUUUCUGUGUUACUGUUAAGAGAACAGUAAAAAAAUGCUUUCCAGAUGUAGCCCAGCAAAAUUUAAUUGUAUCAAAUACUGAAGGGCCUGGAGAAGAAGUGACGGAAGCAAAUAUCAGACUCCCCACCCAGACAUCCAACAUUUGUGACACAAGCAUGUGUGUGGGCACUCUUGGUGGUCAGGGAGUCAAAACACAGCAAAACUUUGAGAUGAUCAAAGGUUGCUACACUCUGGAUUCCAGCAAAGGAGGUGGACCUCAGACCAUGGAAUGUUGCCAGGAUGGAGGUCAGGGAGCAACAGAUGACAGCAGGUGUGCCUACACCGAGUGGCACAGCUUCACCCAGCCUCGGCUUGGCGAAGAAUCCAUUAGAGGACACACACUGAUUAAAAAUUAAACAGUAAAAGAAGGUGUAUCUGUGUGGACAAGAUGAGUACAAGCGUUCUGAAGACUAUGUCCGUUCCUACGACUAUGAAGGAAAAGGGUCUGUGGCUGGCUCGAUAGGCUGCUGCAGUGAUCGGCAGGAAGAAGAGGGGCUUGAGUUUCUAGAUCAUCUGGAACCCAAAUUUAGGACGCUAGCAAAGACAUAUGUAAAGAAAUAAAUGUGCAUUUUAAUACAGUAACGUCUUCAAAUGCAUAUGUAGGAGUUUAUUGAACGUAAAAUGAUAGCAUUUCUAAUGAGUUUGUUCUAAUGUCGUUUGAGUCAUUAGGUAAGGGUACUAUAAAUACAAAGCUCUCCUAAAUUCUCCUCAUUGGUAUAACUUCCAUGUUCUCUAGAAAUAAAAGCUUCAGUUGUUGAUUUUCUUUUAUAUGCAUGUAUAUUUUACCCCCUCCUGCACUGUGCUAUGUGCUUUCUUGCACCUUCUGUUUGAAAACUAAAGUUACUUUGUACGCUAUGGAAAAGAUGUGGGAGAGCAGGGGAUUGUGGAGGCUAAUGAAAAAGGAAUUUUUAUUUUAGGUAAAAAUUGAAUAUUUUCUUCAAAAACCUGGGGAGAAUUAUGCUUUUAGAAAUAUAGUCUUUGGUGACAGAAAUGUUUCCUCCACCCGAGUGCCGUGUCCUGAAGGAUUGUUAACUGUUCUUUGGUGCAGCCCUCCAUUUGCUGAAUCAGAGCUCAUUUCUCACCAAGCUUUGUGCCCUGAGGAGGUGCUCCGAGGACUACUCUCUGGAGCCUUCAGAGUUCGGUCCGGGGGCUCUGCCCAUGUGGAUGUGUUAUCAGGUUCCUAUGGCUUCUGGGAUCGCUGGAAAGACGUGGGCCAGAACAAGCUCACAGCAAUCUGAGCCACAGAGAUUUUAUGAGGAUCCUAUGGGAGGGUUUCCGUGAAAGACCUGGAGCCUUGUCACCCAUGGGCUGACUUAGACUCACAGAUAUGUUUUGAUUGUUCUAUGUGACACACUAUUACCUUUUUAAAAUAUAAAUAGCUUGGCAAGAACACACACUCUCUAGUUUGACACAGACCCACCAUGUUCAAGCAUUUGUGGACAAGCGAGGCAGACAUCAGACUUGCAACUUUGAUCUGCAGUGCUUAGCCCUUUAAUAAGCUAAAAGUUGAAUGACCGUCCAUACUGGAACUUAAUAUUCAAUCUACAUGAGCAAUUGCUCUAAGAAAAUGGAAAAUCAGAAACAGAGUGUCUGGCAUGUAUAUGUUAAAAAAUAUAAAUUUAUUAAAGCAACAUUUGCUAAACAUUUGUUCAAUGAUGGAUAAAUCAAUGAACACAUGAGCUCAUAAAUUAUUUUGAAUAUAUAACAUUUUAAUAAGCUAUUAUAUUUCCUUAAUUUAGAAAGAAAGCACAUAUUUAAAUAAUACUUUAAGUCUUUGUGCCAAACUCUAUAAAUUUAUAAAUAGCAGUGUAUAUCACACAGAAAUUUUUUAUUCUGACAAAAACUGUUUUUAAUGUAUUACCUAGUUAGUUGAAAAAAAAUAAGUGGUGUAUUUUUUUAAAUUUGUGAUUUGUCUCCUUAUUCUCAGCUAUAGUGUUUAAUUAAAGGCACUUCUUAAUAUGACAUUGCAUAUUAGAGCAGAAUAAAAAAGUAAUUUUAAUAAGUAAGAUUUUAUUUUAUAAAGUGUCCAAAUUUUGAUUUUUAUAGCCAUUGUGAGCAAAGCAAUUUUUGGGGGAGUAAUGCAAUUUCUAUUGCCUGAUGUACAUGUUACUCUGACAAUGAAACCAGUUUGGAGGUUAUUAAAUAUAAUAUUAAAAAUUUGGAAAUAUGUCAUAAUAUCAUGCUGAGCUAUAUUGUUCAAUGUAAGCACCAAAUGUUUUCUGAGAAAUGAAAAAUCAUUAGCCAAGCAUUAACUUACAUGUUUGUUUAUAUCUUCGUAUUUCUUAAAUUUGCUUAAAUAUUAAGAGAGUUUAUAUCUGAACAUGAAGUACAAUUAAAGGCCAAAGGAAGGUUCCUUGGUCAGCAAGAGAAGAGACUCUGAAAGCAUCACUGGAAUCAGGACAUAUGGGAAGUGAAUUCGUAUUAAGCAGUUUUGGCUAUUUAAAAUGUUUUCAAAUAUCAUUAAAUUUUCUUUCACAGAGGAACUAAGACUGUGUUUUGAGUUAUUUGGGAAAUUCAAAGUCAUUUGUUUACACUUCAAAUUAAAUAGUACUUGUAUGAUUGAUGAAAUUUAUGAAACUCCACUGAACUGUUUACAAAUUUAGCUUGUUAAUAAAGCAUUGUAUUUUAUGGAUUA